AUGUUGAAGAGUUUCGGGGAUGUCCGUUUUCUGCGGACGUUGGAAGCAGUGAUUCUUGAAGUGAAGGACCGUGACGGAAAAUUCAAUUUCUUGGCGAUUCCCUUGGCAGUCCUGGAUGUUUGUUUGAUCUUGUGGAUCUUCGUAGCUUUGGCGAGGACAGAUAUACUAAAGGUGAGAUACAUGGCUCAGCUUAGGCUUUUUGUGAAGUUCACCAACACACUAGCUUAG